AUGUUGCCUCCCAACUCCAAAAGCACCGUUCGCGUCACACAUAUCACAACAGCCACAGUCAUCUUGGAGAUCGACGGCGUGAGUUUCAUCACGGACCCGGUAGUCGAUGAUGCUCCAACUGAAUACGAAAUAACACACCUCACGCCGCCGGGAACCCCACGAUUGUUUGCAAAGUUCGAGACUGGACCGGCUCUUGGGCUCCAUCAGCUUCCCAUUAUUGACGCCGUUCUUCUGAGCCACGAGGACCACACUGAUAACCUGGACGACGAAGGGCGCAAGCUUCUCGACGGUCGCCGGGUCACCACCAUCCCCGACGGUGUGAAUCGUCUCGCCCCGCGGCCAGGGGUUGUCCCCAUCAAGCCAUGGGAAAUGUUGACUUUCCAAUUCCAAGGAGUUGAGUGGAAGAUCACCGGAACGCCAUGA